CAAAAAUGUAAUAGUAGAAUGAAAGCAAACAAAAUUGAAGAAAAAGUGCAUUAAAACAUAUUUUUAACGUGUGUUUACAUGUGCAUGCCGCGCGCGCAUGGUGUGAGAGGAGAAUUAGGAAGGGAUGUUCAACGAGUGGGAGAAACACAGUGUGUUAGUGAAAAAAAGAGAGAUGUAUGAGUGAAAGAGAGAAAGAAGACAAACGAGUAAGAAAAAGAGAAAUAUAUAAAUGUGUAAGCGACAGAGAUGCAAGAUAUUCCAAUGACGUCACGAGCUGCAGCUUCAAGAAGGUUUAAGCGAGAGUACCAAUCUGUUCUUCAUACGUUGCACUUGCGAUAAAAGUAACGCCGAUAGUUCGAACCCCAUGGCAGUUGCUUAUAAACCAUUGCAUGGAAUGGGUCGGUGUUUUUGUCCCGAUAAUAUGCGUCCACGAAAUUAAGUAACAAUAACAGUCGAAGAAAUCCUGCUCGUCCAUGUAUUAGCGUCCAAACGAAUGUAAACGAUUCCCGUUAAAGAAAUAGCGUGCUUUCUAUAAAAGCUACUAAGUAACCUAACUGUUUUGUGUCAUAUAUAAUUCGAAAGAUGGUGCUUUCAGAAUGUUAUGGAUUCGUCAAAUAUGCAUUAAUUGCCGUGAACUUCAUAUUUUGGGCUGUGGGACUAGCAGCAGUGGUACUGGCAGUAUGGAUGCUAACGGACCAAACGUUCCUGAUGUCUUUGACUCAGGAACAGCACAACUUCAACGCCGGUGUCUAUAUCCUGCUCUCGGCUGGGAUUUUAAUGCUGAUAGUAGCAUUUCUGGGAUGCUGUGGUGCCUUCCGUGAAUCCCAGUGUAUGCUGGUCGCUUUCUUCAGUUGCCUACUAGUGGUUAUCGUUGCACAAAUCGCGGCUGGAGCAUGGCUUUACAGCAACAGAAAUCGCCUCGAGGAGCUGGUCAAGUCUUCCGUGAUAAAUACCGUUAAGAAUCAAUACGGCGAAGACAGUUCUCAUACAGAUGCUGUAGACGCAUUUCAAUCGAGUCUGGGAUGUUGUGGAGCUACUGGUCCAUCAGAUUGGACAGGUAGUAAAUAUGCAACCAGAGAUCCUUCGAUUCCCGUCAGUAUAACUGUCUCCGGCGACGCCAAUAGCGUGUAUAAGGUACCCAAAUCCUGCUGCAAGGACAAAGAGAGUGUUGAUUGUAAAGCAGAUCGGAACAUUAAAGUCGCUAGCACCGUUAGUCCAGCAAUUUACAACGAGGGUUGUAUAGACAAGCUGAUGGAUGUACUGAACCACCAACAAGACAAUGUCAUCAUUGUGACAUCCGUCAUAGGCAUUCUGGAACUUCUUGGAUUGAUAUUUUCUUUAGUAUUGUGCUGUGCAAUUGGAUCAUCCGAUAGAUACAAAGCUUGAAUGGAAUAAAUUGUAUAGAUCGGUGUAUAAUCCUUCCUUAUGCCACAUAUCGUUGUGUCACAAUCUUCUAACUGGUAUUUGAUCUCUGUGCCAAUCUGAAUAGGUUUACCCCUGUCUGUCUCUGAUGUUCACCUGGAACGAGAAAAAGACUUUAUUAAUUAAGAGAUUGCAACAAGUCCUUUGUGAGAAUUAUAUUUAAGUGUUCAAAUUGAAUCUCAUUCAUUAACAAGGUUCUGAUAUACAGUUCUUCAGUGUUACGUACUGUAUGUUCAAGGUUUUUAGAUAUUGUAUUAUUAUUCUGCUCAGGGACAAAAAUGACAGAUCUUUUUACCAAUAUAUUUUAUAUGUUCAUGACAAUUUAUUUAUGCGUAAGGAAAAUCCAUUAUGAAUUAGUAUCAUAAAAGAUACUAACUAGAAUGUUAAUUUACUGUUCAUUGUCCCAUUCAUACAUUUUAUGAAUUUGUGAAAUUAAACAACAAUAUGUUCAUUUAAUAUUCUGUUGUUCUAAUUUUAGCAAAUGAGUUAUACGUGAAAUGAUCACAGAUUUAAACCAAGAUUGGAACAACAGAAUAUUACAUUAAACAUAUCAUUAUUUAUUAAAUAACCCAUUCAAUAUCAAUUCUCCGAAUAUAUGUAUGAAAUAUUCGAUUCAAUAUUGAAGAAGGUACAUGUAAAAAAAUUCAGUUUGUUUCUUACUGCCAAAUGCUCUUUUCCUUACUAAAGACUUAACACGAAUGAGCAUUUAAUGUUUUACACAGUACCUAUACGAUUUACAUUUUUGUUAGGCCAAAGUAGUAGACCAAAUUAAUGUUAAUGUGUUAAAAAAGGAGCGAAAGAGAGGGAGAGAGAGAAAGAGGGAUGAAUUGGUUGGAGUUUGGAUUGACUGGAUAUUUCUUUGUUGCAACUGGUAUAUACAAGGAACCAUUCACAAUUCUCUUCAAUUUCAUUUUUUCUGCUUGCUAAAAACUGCCAUACAAUCAUUUUCAUUCUUUUCACGUAUGCACAAAGUGUUUUUAAUGUAAUAAUUUUUUCUUGGUCAACAUUUUUGGAACACUUUUUUAACUUUUCUAUUCAUUCUUAAAAGUACAAAGCUUUGGAUAAGUAAUAUCAUAAGCUGUUCUGUCAUUGCCAAUAUACCAGUUUUAACAUGUGUGCGUAUAUGUAGAUAAAUAUUAUAUAUAUAUAUAAAUAUUAUAAUACAAAAGAUGCUCUGAAAAGAUUAAUCUGAUAAUUAAUAUUGAUGUCUAAAUGAGAUUAUGUUAUUGUAAGAACGCUACUAAGCGAUUUUGUUUCAUGUAGCGUUAUAGUCUAUCCAUGUUAUAAUUAAAGUAAAAAAAAAGGACAUAGCUAACCAAAAGCAACUAAUUUUUAUAAGACCAAUCUUUUAUUGCAAAAAUUUCUGUGUUCAACCUCAUUAGUGUUCAACAUUGUCAAUACAUUAUAUAGUUUUUUAACAAGGUAUCUCUACCUGUGAAACUGUUUAACAGUAAUUAGAAUGCAGAUAUGAAUUUGAGUCUAUAUUAAAAUUGACGUUAGAUAAAGCAACUUUUGAGCGUGUGUGUGCAUUGAACAAAUUGAUAAUUAUGCAACAGGCUAAAUAUUAUAAAAAGUACAAUUUUACUGUUAGUUGCUUUUGGUAUAGUUAUGUCUUAAGAAAGUGAUUGAUAUAUUUGACGAUGAAUAUUUAACACAAAUUAUAUAUAAUAGUAGCAAAUAGAUCAAACAUUUAUCAACUGUUCAACUAAUAUUUAUUGUCAAAUGAUUUAGUAUAGAUUAAAAUAAAAAAUGAUCUUUUUCAUAUAA